AUGGCCCACUCGAGCGGUUCUUCAGGUCAUGGCAGCAUCUUCACGAACUCGCGAGACACGCCGCUCUACUCGUCGAACUGGGUCCCAAGUUCUGCCGGAGGAUAUGCUGGAACCUGCAUAUUCCUUAUUGUUCUGGCCUCGGUAUUACGGUGUCUCGUGGCUUUCAAGACUGUGCUGGAGCAGCGAUGGCUGGCCCAGGCAAGGUGUCGGCGUUACGUUGUGGUCAAGGGCAGAGGAACUGAAGCUGGAAAGAUCGAGUCUGAUCCUGCGGCAAAAGCAGGCGCUCUCAUCACCACGAACGGAGUAGAGGAGAAUGUCAAGAUUGUUCAGUCAAACAAUGAAGGAGCAAUCCCAUUCAGAUUGAGUAUUGAUAUACCACGAGCGAGUCUUGUCACGGUCAUCACAGGUGUUGCAUAUUUACUCAUGCUGGCAGUCAUGACCAUGAACGUGGGAUACUUCUCAUCAGUUCUUGCUGGUACCUUUGUCGGCGAGCUGGCUGUUGGGCGCUACGCACAGUGGGAAGACCAUUAA